AUGCACCUUCGAACUCGAGGUUCCAGGGCUGGGUUACCUGGAUGGCAAUGUUGGGGAGGACGUACCCGAAUCGACCUCCCCCUCUGGCUCGGCGAGAUGCUUGCUGUUGGCGCCCGCACCGACUCCUCCCCCCUCGUCACCCUCGACCUGCCCAGCGCCCUCUCUGAAAAGGUCAUGAACGCGCUAAAAGCCGACCCGCGCACCGUGGACCUGCGCUCCCUGGCGCCGCACUUCUAUAGACUUGGCGUGCGCAUCCUGCAACUGUUUGAGGAGGAGGAGAUGGUUGAUGUUCUUAUGGAGUAUUCCGAGCAGCCCAUAGCAGCGCAAAGGAGAUGCGCGCCUGUUCAGGAACCGCAUGUGAUUGCUCAAUCACUCCCUGACAUCUACACAGUAGAAAACGGUAAAACAACGCAAACAUGGCUCUGCUGUGUCCCCCUGCUUGUUCGGUUUGGAUUCAUUAAUCCAAGUCAGUUGUUGAUCCAGCCCGGUUCCCCGGUUCCCCUGGCCCCUGAGCCUAACCUAGAAGAGGCUGGACAGGAUUGGUUCCAGGGCUAG